AUGAAGAUGUUGUCAUGUCAAGUUUGUGGAUUCAAAACAGAAUCGCGAAUUGUGUUGCAGUCACAUCGCUCCACUGUACAUUUUAAGAAUGGCAAGUAUCAGUGCGCUAUGUGUCCCGAGUUUGACACAAAUGAGCAGCGACUGAUAAACCAUUAUCUAGAAUCUCACCUGGUGAUUGCUUCGAAAGAAGAAGCCCAAGCAAAGUAUCCUUGUCUUAUCUGUGAUGAAGACUUCCAGUACAAAGGUCUUCGAGAUACUCAUUUGCGAACGUGCAAGAAGGAUUAUAGUCGGGUACGAAAUAUUAUGGGACCAAAGGGCCCCGAUGAUCAACUGAUGAUCAAUCGAUGGCUAUGGGAGCGGCCUCCUAUUGAUCCAACGAUUCUUCAACAGCAGCAGGCGGCUCAGCAGCAGCAGGUCUGCGUCAUAUUAAUUGAACAUCCGGUUUUAGCUAAGGCAUAA